AUGGAUUACUACCAUGAUUCCGAUCCUCUAAUAUCCUCCGCAAUUUAUCCCGGGGUCAUGGAUUUCGACCCUUACUCACGGCCGAAGAUUUUGGAUGACCCGAUUGAUAUUCCAAUGAAUAUGCACAGCCCUGACUCAAUUGAGACGUAUAAUGAGUCAGAAAUGGAACUGACUUUCCAUGACACCGGUUCUGUUUCAUCUGUGGCGUCAGUCACCGAUGAGGUGAGUGACUCAGUCGCCAGCACACCUCAGAAAGAAGAUGACGCAGACAUUGAGGCUGACAGAAGACUUGUCAAUGAAAGAUUUGCGCCCUUUGACAUGUUUCCGGUAGAUAACUCGUGGACAAUAGAAGAGAGAAUAGAAAAACUGUUACAGAUGAGUCCUUGCAGACUGUACACCAAAGAAGAUCUGCUGAACAUUGAUUCAAUAGAAAGUCCAGAAAAGAAAGUGGACAUGUUGAUUGAGAUUGUCUCCAAAGUUCACGUCAAUCAUAGAUGGAACUAUGUCCAGCCUCACGAACUCCACAGGGGUUACACGGUGGUUGCCAACUGUAAAAAGGAGAAGAAGAAAGACUCUGACGGCCAUUCUUGCCCCAAAAGACCAAUGAAUGCCUUUAUGAUCUGGUCCAUGAAGUGUCGGGCUCUGAUCGCACAAAUAACUCCACAGUUGCAUAACGCUAUUAUCAGCACAAAGCUUGGUGCCGCCUGGAGGAGGUUUGACGACCAGGAGAAAGCCAUCUACGAGCGCGAGAAAGACACUCUGGGAACCUUCCACAAGUUCGAGUUCCCUGACUAUAAAUACAAGCCCAAGAAGAAAGCUAAGAGGACAGAAGAGAAACCCGUUUCUGAACCUAAGCAGCCCAAGUGCCUGAAAAGAAAGAGAAAUGAAAACAAUAACAACCAGCCACUACCACUUCGAGGUAUCAACAUCGCCGACGCCCGCCAGAACUUAGACCCGUUGCUAAAAGAAAGACUUAUAGUAAAAAUGCAGGUGAAAAUUGACCCGGUUCUGAAAAAAGGGAUCGGGAAAAGGGUCACCGCCAUAGACUUGGCAGACCUGACAGCUCUCCAUCAACGCGAACUGGCCAAACAUUCUCUUGUGAACACACAACGGUUCCAGAACACACCGUCAACUGUUCAGCUGAUAAUUGACAGUAAACCUACUUCUGUGUUUGACACUCCAGAGAAUUCUCCAAAUAAGCCGAUUACUCCAGGCACACCAACUGAUCAGUCACUCGGUCACGACCGUGAUGGUCUUAUCCGAAGCGACCGCUGUUUCGAAUUCGAUAAUUCAUCCUUGUUAUACCCACUUGAAGCAGACAACGCUAGUCACGGCGAAGGAAUUCCGGAAACCCGGGUUAAGAUUGAAUCCGCUUUGCCGAUUAAGGAGUCAGAACCGACUCUUCAAUGGAAUUUGAUCAAAAUUGAACCUGAUUUGCAAUCAAAUAUCAAAUCCGAGCCAAUAUGGAACUUCAACUUAAGCAUCAAAACCGAACCGUUAGAGUAUGCCAGUCUGUAUUCCACACAUGGUUUCAUCAAGUCGGAACCCGAACAGAUAUGCCCCUCUGUUCUUGUGGAGGGCAGCAUGCCAAUCCUGUCGGCAGAUGUUGUUGAUUCGGUCCUGGACAGUGACUGCACGUCCAGUUUUAACAACGAAGAACUUCUCGAUGACUUCAUGAAAUAUCUUGACAGCGACAUCGGGUUCUCUGCUGACCUUUUACCCUGUGUAACAACGCUCCCUGAAGGGCCAGCUACCGUUUAA